AUGGCCAAGACGGAGGCCAUAUCGCUUUCGGGACAACCACUUCCUCACUGGAUCACGUUCCUACAGGCCCACCAAAUAACAUCCUGGCACGACCGUUCCUGUCCUGACUCCCUCCGCUACCUUGGCUUCCCUCUUGUCAGUUCGAUUGCCCAACGCGAUGCCUUUUGUUCCUCAUUGUUAACAACCAUACAAUCUUCCUGCGCCAUACACCUCACUCGAUCCUUAUUUAUCCGGGGGCGUGCCACCGUUCUCAAUACUCUCAUUCUCUCCCGUCUCUGGCAUGUCCUACGCGUGAUCUCUGUUCCUGUGUCGUUUCUCGAUAAAGUGAAGUCGGUCAUGGGUCAGUUCUUGCAGCACCGAAUGUUUCCUCCCAUUAAGCUGUCCACUCUUUGUCUCCCUCUUCGUUCUGGCGGCCUUGGAGUAUUAGAUCCUUCUAUACAACAAGGUGCUCUUCAGCUGCGCUGGUUACGUCCUCUCUGUCUCUCUCCUCACUCCACCUCUGGCUUAGUUCCUCCUUGGCUGUCCUUUCUCUUACGUUAUCAUACGUCUGGCACCGACCCCCAAUUGACACUUCUCUUCCACGAUCUUCGCCCCCCCGAUCUGACUGGCCUUGCAGGUUGCUUCCGCAACAUAUUCUCUGCUAUUGAUAGGCUCCCGCACGACUUCUCCUCCCUUGCCCCCAACAUUGCUACGUGUUUAGCACUUCCCCUCCGCUCAGUAUGCCUACCAGCCACAAGCACUACCUCCUUCCCUCCCUCCUGGCAACACCUCCGCGUUGAAGAUGCCUUUCUUGUUGACCCUUCUUUCGACGUUCUCUGCCGUCGAGCGCCGGCUGAUUUCCCACGCAACCCGCUCAUAUUGCGCAAGUUUUUCAAGAGAGUUGACUCUCGCGACAUCUUGCUACAACCUUUCCUUGUUCGCGCUUUCCUCCCUUCUCAUAUCCUUCAGCUCAAUUACCCUUCCAUUCCUUCCCGUUCAGGUUCAUCAAUCAAUGCUAGCCCUUUUGUUUGCGGCCUUUUACCUGGAAUACCGUGGUCCAAGCUGAAACCUCGUAUGUAUCGUUCUCUUUGUUCCUCUUCUGUUUCUCCUCCCCUGUCGUCUACACUGUCCAGCUCACAAUGGCGAAUCUUUUGGAACCUUCCUAUACACCACCAUGUCCGCAACAUCUGGUACCGAGGUCUGCACCACAAAUUGUCAUCCCGCUCCCUGUUGCAUCGCAUACUUCCUGGCCCCUUCCCCACCGACUCUUGCCCCAUUUGUGAAGCCUCUACAGACACACCCGACCAUUUCCUCUUCUCCUGCCCCCUCAAAAUUGACGUUUGGUCUACAUUCUGGCAAGAUGUCUUUGGAUCUCAUCCUACUCUUCCUAUACUCCAUGAUGCAUUUUACAACCUGUCUUUCCCCUAUACCCGCUCCUCUGAUAUUCACGCCGCCUCUCUCUUUAGCUGUGCCCUUCUGGCGAUCUGGCGACAUCAUUGGUCCACGGUGUUCGACAAUACACUUUUUGUAUCUUCCACCGUCCUAUCUACCGCUUCCCGCUUGGUUGCCAUAUUUAAGGCUGAAAAAUCUCUUGAUGACCUUGCCUGUUCUCUUGCUACCUAGCUCUACCUUUAGUUUUCCUUCUUACAUAUACACCUCAAAAAAAAAAUCAAAAACCCAAAAACAAAUUUUGUGACGUGCGUCCUUUUUUUUAGCUAGUGAUCCUCACAAUAAAAACCUGAGCUCUAAUUGCUCCCUACAAAAAAAAAAA